UCACAUCAACAAUAAAUCAGUUAUAAAGAGGCACUGAAACAGGUUUGUGUAGCAUUUAAAUAACCAAGUCAAAUCAACAUCUAGAAACAGGAGCAGGUUAAAUCAGACCUGGUCACUCCAGUUAUAACAUCACACUGAAGAUAACAGGAGGUAGAAUUUAAUCUCUGCUCCAUACUCCGAGGCACAGGGUGGUGAUAAUGCUCCUAAUACACCGGUUGACAGAUGAAGAAGAAAUGGAAGGCGGUAUUAACAGGGCUUUUAUUUUGAAACUCAGGCAGCAUGUAUCCUGCUGUUUCCUGAAGUGAAGCUGAUGUGAAGUUGAAUGACUGUGCACCGGCUCGUCAGUGGUCCCUCUGUCUGUGUCCAGUAGAUAAAGUGCUGGUGUGUGUGUGUGUGUGUGUGUGUGUGUGUGUGUGUGUGUGUGUGUGUGGUGCUGAUGGUGGUGUGAGGGACCGCUGCUGUGAUGUCUUCCCUCGGCGGAGCAGCUGGAGGGAUCCACGGGCUCCUCUUCAAACUCCAUGACUCCCUCUCAGAUGAAGACAGCCGGUCCGCGGCUCUGAGGAGUAACGAUAUAGUGUGUGACUUGGGGCAGGAGUGCAUGCUAACAUCAACCGAGAAUGACCUGGUUCUGCAGACGUCCUUGUUGUUCUCUAAAGACUAUGGGCUGCUCAGCUUCCUCAGGAAGUCCCUGCCAUCAGAGGAGUUCAGGGACACUCGAGUUAAGAUCCUGGAUUUUUUGGAGACAUUUCUGGACAAAAUUUCACCAAGAGUCAAAGGUUGGGAGAAGACGUACGCUAUUGACAUAAGAGACACAUGCUUGGUUGUGUAUACAAAAGAGAAAGUGGCCAAGUGUAGGACUGCAGUGCUGGGGCUCCUCAUCAAGGUUCUUCAGACGACAAAGUCUUCCAGCGUCGCUGCAGAUUUAAAAAUCUGUCAGAUAUUUGACAGAUUUUACAGCGAGCUUUGUCAGAAGAGCAAACUGUCAGAUUCAGUUCUUGGUAAAAUCUAUGAACUGCUGGGAGUCCUCGCAGAGGUUCAUCCCAGUGAGAUGGUCAACAACUCUGACAAACUCUACAAGGCCUAUCUGGGGGAGCUGAAGGAGCAGAUGACUUCUUCAACAAAGGAACCAAGACUUUUUGUUGUUGCUGGAUGUUUGAGAGGAAUCACUGCUCUAAUGGUCAACUUCACUAAAACCAUGGAGGAAGAUCCAGAAACAUCUAAGGAGAUUUUUCAGUAUGCCCAGAAGUCAAUCACUCCUCAGAUGGAAAUGAGUCGCUACGCUGUCACGUUUGCUGGACUCAGGUUAAUUGCCAGACACGCCUACCAGUUCAGCAGCUGCCUGAUGGAGAACUACAGGUCUCUGUUUGAGGUCAUGUCCAAGCUCUGUGGACACAUCAACGCUGAGAUGAAGAAGACUAGUUACUACGCACUCGAGUCCUUCCUCAAACAGGUCGCGAUGCUGGUGGCAGAAAACAUUGAGGAGCAUAAGAGUAAACUGAAGUUCUUCAUGCAGAAGUUCUGUGGCAUCAUUAAGACCAUGGACUCGACACACAAAGAGCUGUCCAUCGCUAUACGAGGAUACGGAUUCUUUGCAGCUCCAUGCAAGAAAGUUUGCCCACAGGAUGUGGACCUGAUGUACACGGAGCUGAUUCAGCGCUGUAAGCAGAUGUACCUGACUGAGUCUGACGGGGAGGAUGACAGCUUCUACCAGCUGCCCAGCUUCCUGGACUCUAUCGCCAGUGUCCUGAUUCACCUGGACAAGAUUCCAGAGGUGCACACGCCGCUCCUGGAGCGUCUCCUGGUGGUGCAGAUUGACAGCUUCCCUCAGCACAGUGAGAGGAUGCAGACGACGUGUUGCAGGUCCACCCUGAAGGUGCUGGUGGCCGUCGCCUCUAAAGGACCUGUACUGUGGAGUUUCAUCAGCUCUGUGGUUCACCAGGGUUUGAUUCGAGUCUGUUCAAAGCCCAUCAUGCUUCCUGAGAACAAAGAUGGUGGAAUCGAAUCCUCUCAGUCCUCCCAAGUCCGUACUGGAAAGUGGAAGGUUCCUUCCAGUCACAACUACCUCGGUCUGUUUAAAGGACUUUUAGACUGUGAUCGGUUGAAGGAUUCAGGAUUUUUGGACGGAGCUUUUGAAAGUCAGAAUGCUGCUCUCAUGUCUUUGAGCCAUCUCCUUUAUGAUGAGUUGGUGAAAUCAAUUCUCAGAAUUGUGGAAAAGUUGGACUUGUCUGUACAGAAAGUGACAACAGGAGAGGAGACUCCAGACGAUACAGCCCACGUCCUGCCCUCUUCUGACCCCACAGCUCAUCUGCUGCCCAAUAAGAUCAAAGACUUCACGGCCUUUAUCAACCUGGUCGACUUCUGCAGUGAGCUGUUGCUGACUAAACAUGUGGAGUAUUUUCAGUCCUGGAUGUAUCCCUUAAGCCAUGAACUUAUCCUCCACUCCAUACGAAAUCCACUUGUCAGUGGUUUUUACAAGCUGCUCUCUGUCGCCAUGAAAAUUGCCAAGAGAAUCAAGUACUACCAGGGAGUUGGUCUGAGGAGCUCGACGUCCCCACAGAGUGACACAGUGAAAAGUGCUUGUUUUGCACUUUUCUCAAAGUUUGGAAAAGAGGUGUGUGUGAGAAUGAAGCAGUACAAAGAUGAGUUGCUGUCGUCCUGCUUGACGUUUGUUCUCUCGCUGCACCACAACAUCGUAGCUCUGGACAUCAAGGCCUACUGUCCUGCUCUAGAGGCGGCUCUGAAACUGGGUCUGAGCCAUGUUCCUUUGGCCAACACAGCCCUGGAUGCUCUUGAGGACUGGUCCUCCCACAUCCCUUUGGAGACCAUGCAGCUGUGCUACACCAGCAUCCUCCCUCUGUUGGAUGGAUACCUGAAAACCACCUCCAACAACAACAAAGACGAGAGCAGCUGGGAGGUGAUGUCUUCUUUGUCUUCGAGAAGUGACAGAGGAUACAACAAAGUGAUGACGAGGCUUCUGAAGCAAUCCAACCAGCUUUCCAUGGAAGACGCUCCUCUUGUCGCGGUGAGGCUCAGGGUGGUGAAACUGCUCGGCCACCUGGGAGGGAAGCUGAACAGGAACCUUGUAACUGUGGUCUCAUCAGAGGAAAUGAUGAAAAAAUUUGUUGCCUGGGACUCGGAGAAAAGGCUGAGUUUUGCUGUGCCGUUCCAAGAUAUGAAGCCGGUCAUCUACCUCGACCCAUUUCUGCCUCGCAUCAGUGAACUGGCUCUGUCCACGAGUGACAGACAAACCAAAGUGGCAGCCUGUGAGCUGCUCCACAGCUUGGUGGUCUACAUGGUUGGGAAGAGUGCUCAGAUGGUGGAAGGGAAGAACAGUUUGCCGCCUAUGUACAAGCUGCACAAGAAACUGUUUCCUGUGCUGUUGCGUCUGGCCUGUGAUGUGGAUCAGGUAACCAGACAGCUCUUUGAACCACUGGUUAUGCAGCUGAUUCACUGGUUCACUAACAACAAGAAGUUUGAGAGCCAAGAUACAGUAGCUGUUCUCGAGGCCAUACUGGACGGUGUGGUCGACCCCAUGGACAGCACUCUGCGAGACUUCUGCGCCCGCUGCAUUGAAGAGUUUGUCAAAUGGUCAAUCAAACAGACCACCCCCAAGCAGCAGGAGAGGAGCCCCACUAAUAUGAAGUCCCUGUUUAAGCGGAUCUACAGCUUGGCUCUCCACCCUAAUGGCUUCAAAAGACUUGGUGCUGCCUUAGCAUUCAACAGUAUCUACAGACAGUUCAGGGAGGAAAAUUCCCUGGUGGAGCAGUUUGUCUUUGAAGUUCUUGUCAUAUUUGUGGAAAGUCUGGCUCUUGCACACUCAGAUGAACGGUCUAUGGGCACGUUGCAGCAGUGUCGAAGUGCCAUUGACCAUCUGAAAAGAAUCAUCAAACACAAGGCCCCCAGUCUCAACCAGCACAAUGCCAAGAGACGUGUCCCCAGGGGUUUCCCACCUGAUGAAAAGAUUUGCCUGUCAGAGGUGGUUUUAUGGCUUUUAGAACAAUGUGGUCGUCCUCAGACUGAGUGUCGACACAAAUGCAUGGAGCUCUUCUAUGAGUUUGUUCCUCUUCUCCCAGCAAAGAAGUCUGCAGCUCAGUGGCUGGAUGGCAUGCUAAAGGAGCAUGGCAUAAGCUUCCUGAUCUCACGGUUCGAGGGUGGGGGUCUCCUCUCCCAGCCCACCCUCAGGGACCUGACGAGCCCUUUCAGUGUCAGAGCCACCCUGCAGUGGAUGGACCUGGUGCUGGCUGCCCUGGACUGCUACAACACUUUCAUCAGCUUACACAUAAUCAAGCCUCAGCACAUGAUCAACUCCAAGGACAAGUCCAGUUUUCUUAAAGCUGUACACUUCUUUUUGACUGAGCUGGCAACUCACCACCUGGAAGCAGCAGAGAGCUGUUUCCUGCUCGGUGAGAAGAGCUCCCACUUCAGCCCGAGAGAGGUCGACCAGUACAACUACAGCAAGUGCACCAUCAUCAUUCGCCUGCUGGAAUUUGCCACAAUGAUUCUUGUCAAAGGAGACCAGGAGUUUUGGAAGCUUCUGGAGGAAGAUAUUUUUUGUGCAGUUUUCUUUGAGCUGACUGCGCUGGUGGUGUGUGAGCCGUCUGCUGUUGGUUUCAACAUGGCAGAUGUGGAGGUAAUGAAGAACCUACCAGAGGUGUGUGUUCCUCUGCUGAGAGCCCUGCUGACCUCAACCUACCGCACUCAUCUUGAAAGCAGCUUGCGGACAAAGAUCUCACGUAAAAAUGUAGAGGAGUUGUGUGCUGUAGACCUGUACCACUCAGACACGCUGAGCCGCCAUGACCAGAUGGAAAUGGUUCUGUCUUCCUGUAGGCAGAUCCACAAAGCCGGCUUCCUCAGCUCCAUUCUGCACAGCCAGGAUGUAGCCUACACCAAAUCCCUUGGGUCCCGACUUCUAAUGACAGUGUAUAAAGGCAUAGCACCCGGUGAGGACAGGAAGGCACUUCCAUCAUUGGACGUAAACACCAGGAGGGUAGCAGAUGGGCUGCUUCAGCUCUCCUUUUCUCUGAGUCCACAGAGUGAGCAGCUGGUGGAGCUGCUGUUGAACACCAUCAUGCUCUCUGUGCCAGUAUCUGGAAGUCAUAGCCACAACUUCCUGAGCUUCUCACAUGGCGAGUACUUCUACAGCCUCUUCCAGAUGACCAUCAACGCUGAGCUGCUGAGGAGUCUCGACACCACGGUGUCACGCCUCAUGAAAGCUUCCUCCCAAAAUCCCAGCAUGGUGAGUGUGUUGCUGAACGGCAUGCUGGACCACAGCUUUAGAGAGCGCUCUGUGAGGAAGACUCAGGGGAAACAGCUGGUUGAAGAGGUGCUAAGAAGAUGGAACAGUCUGCAGGCGUGGUGGGAAGGACAGUCAUCCACUCCAGAAAGUAAAACUGCUACUCUCCUGCUGCUGUCCAAGCUCCUGCAGAUUGACUCCUCUGUCUGCACCGAUAUCAACCAUGAGGCGUUCAGACCGGUGUUUUCCACUUUCACUGUGCUGCUGGUCGACAUGAAUCUGUCACUCAAUCUCAAGAGUCAGGCCCUGCUGGUGGUGCCCUUCUUCACAACCCUCCCAGAGGAGCCGCUGGCUGAGCUGCAGAGAGCCCUCGACGCCUUGGUGGUGUCGCACUUCCCCAUGCAGUCUGAUGAGUUUGCAAAGGGCUCACUUCACCGCAACAACUACAUGGACUGUAUUCGAAAGUUGCUGGAUGCCCUGGAGCUUUCUCAGAGCCCACUGCUGCUCAAACUGCUGUCAGGGAUUCUGUGUCGAGACAGAAAACACAUCAUGGAGGAGCAGUUCCACACCUGUUUCCAAAAAAUAGCAAAGCGGUCAAGCAGUGAGCGGCAGCUUCAGCUGCUCUCUACAGUAUAUGGGGUGAUCCAGCAGGGUGAUGUGCCGGUGAGCUCCAUGCUUCAGGCCAUGAUGGAGAGGGUCCUGCUGCCUCUGGCCUCUCACUGCAGCACCAAGACCCUCAACGACUUCUUUGUGGCAAAUGUCUCCGACAUAAUAGCUUUGCUGCUCAGUCGCUUCACCAAGUCAAGUGAAAUGAUGUUUGAGCUCCAGCUGCUGAAGAAGAACGGCUGUUACAAGCUGAUGGAGCUCCUGUAUUCUCGUCUUCCCAAAGAGGAGGUCUACUCCAAGGAGUCUCGCAUUAAUCAGGCCUACUGUCGUUUAGAUAAAACAGAGGGGAAUGAGCUGUCCAAGACCUUGAUCAAGUCAUGUUUUGAGGCGUUCACUGAGAACAUGGCUGGUGAGACUCAGCUCCUUGAGCUCAGGAGACACUAUCACUGUGCUGCAUACAACUGUGCCAUCGCUGUCAUCAGCUGCAGCUUCAACGAGCCCAAAUUCUACUACGGCUUCCUCUUCAGUGAGAAACCAGAGAAGAAUCAGUUCAUUCUGGAAAAUAUCAUUGAUGUUACGAGGACCUACAACUUUCCAGUUGAAAUUGAGGUCCCAUUUGAGAGAAAGAAGAAAUACAUCAUGAUUCGAAAAGAAGUUACUGAGGAGAACGGAGAAGCACCAGUUUACUUGUCCUCCCAGUCGUACAUGGCCGACAGCAGCCUGAGUGAGGAGAUGAGUCAGUUUGAUUUCUCCACCGGGGUUCAGAGCUUUUCUCUCAGCUCCCAAAACCCAGAGGGAAAAAGACGCACCGUUGUAAAAAGGGAGACAGAAGAGACAAAUCCCUCCCAGGAUGCACUGGUGGAUCUAGAGAUGGAUGAGCUGAAUCAGCAUGAAUGCAUGACUGCUAUGACUGCUCUUAUUGGACACAUGCAAAGGAACAACAUCACCCCCAAAACUGAGCAGGGAAACAUGCCGAGUGAACUUCCUCCAUGGAUGAAAUUUCUACAUGGAAAACUAUCAAACCCAGCUACACCUCUGAAUAUUAGACUCUUCGUCUCAAAGCUGAUCAUCAACACGGAGGAGGUUUUUCGACCGUAUGCCAAGCACUGGCUGGGGCCGCUCCUGCAGCUCGUCGUCUCUGGAAACAAUGGAGGAGAAGGGAUUCACUUCAUGGUGGUGGAUAUUGUGGUCACGGUGCUUUCAUGGACAAGCCUGGCUAAUCCCAAGGGUAACCCCAGAGAUGAAGUGCUGGCCAACCGGCUGUUAGAGUUCCUAAUGAAGCACAGCUUCCACUCCAAGAGGGCUGUUUUCCGCCACAACCUGGAGAUCAUCCGCACUCUGGUGGAGUGCUGGAAAGACUGUCUGCAUGUUCCUUACAGUCUGAUAUACGCUCAGUUUUGUGGAACCGACUCAAACAGCAAAGACAACUCGGUCGGACUCCAGCUGCUGGGAAUCAUCCUGGCCAACAACCUGCCUGCUUAUGAUGCCUCAUGUGGAAUUGAAUAUGAGAGGUACAUCCAGUCUCUCACCAACAACCUGUCCUUUGUGAGGUAUAAAGACGUCUACUCAGCUGCUGCUGAAAUUAUCGGUCUGACCCUGAAGAAUAUGACUGAGAUGGACGACCAACAUCAGAAACUUCUCAGUCUUACUGCAAGUAAAAUAAAAAACCUGAAGGAGAAAGACUUGGACGACAAGUUCAUUAUUUGCUUGAACAAAGUGUCAAAGCAUUUUCCUCCAUUUAUGGAUCGGUUUGUCAACUUGGUCUUCUCCCUCCUGCCAAAGCUGCACGGCAUCUUGAAGACUUAUUGUUUGGAGUGUGUGCUGAGCCGAGCUGAUGUCAUCCCAGACAUCUUCCUGCAGCUGAAGACCUCAGGCUUCAUUCAGAUGAUGGCUCACAGGGAUGAAGCGAGGCAGAGGGUGUGUCUGGAUAUCAUCCACAAGAUUAUCAGCCUCCUGACUCCAGUUCAGCUUCAGGAGCUCCUGGGACCAGUGACAGCUUUUGUCUCCCACCCUUCACCAGUGUGCAGAGAGAGGAUGUACGAUGUCCUCAUGUGGAUCCAGGACAACUACAGUGAUGCAGAGAGCAUGGAAGACAACACUUCAGUAGAGGUUUUGAAUGCAGCUAAAGAAACUCUACUUCAGGGACUGUCUGAGGAAAACCAAGGCCUACAGCUUCAUGUCCGUUACUUCUGGAGUGAGGAGAAGCGCCUUCCCACUGCGACCCUCGACCGGAUGCUGACGGUGCUUCGUUCCCUGUACUCAUGUCAAAUAGAAAGGUGUUUCUUAAGCUUGGCGACUAAUCUGCUGCUGGAAAUGACCAGCCGGAGUCCUGACUUCAAACGAGACAUGUUUGAGUAUCCUCUGUCAGAGUGUACCUUCCAGGACUAUGUGAUUGAUUCCAACUGGCGCUUCAGGAGCACAGUGAUGACUCCUAUGUUUGUUGAAACCCAAGGAUCUCAGGGUGCAGAGAGUGUGGCAGCGUCUCAGGCUGCAGCUAUGAAGGGGAAGCUCAGAGCCACUCAGACCUCCCUGGAGUUCACCCAAACCCAAGCAGCAGCUCGAACAUAUAAUUGGCUGACAGGCAGCAGCGUGGAUACACUCGCAGAGCACACACUCGGCUCUGAAUCUCUGUCUUCACUGUUGGUGUUCGGUAAGAGAGCAGAGAGGCAAACUGCAAGGAGACCAGUGGGAGAAGGAUUUGGCCUGAGGCGCCUAACUGCACCAAGCGAUGAGGUGGACAGUCGCACCAGAGCAGAAAAUGAGCAGCGUAAUAACAUCCUAAGACUGAGACGCAGGUUUCUCAAGGAUCAGGAGAAAGUCAGCUUGAGUUAUGCACAUAAAGAGAUCCAACAACAGAAGCAGAAAAAGGAAGAGAAAGCUGAUCAGCGGCUGCGUAAAGAGGCUCAGGUGACUCUCUAUCGCAGCUACAGAGUGGGAGACUUCCCAGACAUCCAGAUCCCAUACAGCAGCCUCAUCGCCCCCCUUCAGGCUCUAGCCCAGAGAGACCCAAUCUUAGCCAAACAGCUGUUCAGCUCCCUGUUUGCUGGGAUCCUCCAAGAAAUGGAAAACAACAAACGAGGGGAGAGCGGGAGGAUUAAAGAGGAGCUGCGGUGCAACAUGAAUGAAUUCCUGAGCAAGAGUACCCUCUGCUUCCCUCCAUUCAUAGCCUGUGUGCAGGACAUGUGCUAUCAGCAUAAGGAACUGCAGCAGCUCGAUCCAGCAGCCAUCAGCUCCACAUGCCUGAUGAGUCUCCAGCAGCCGUCAGGUAUCCUGCUGCUGGAGGAGAGCUUGCUGAGUGCUGGUGUCCAGCAAGAGCCUCCUGCAAAACGCUCACGAGGACGAAAAGAAAUCCCCCCAGACACCAAGAAAUGGAUCCACCUGGCAACACUCUACAGAUCUUUGGAGGAUUAUGAUGUUGUGCGCAGCAUCUUUGGGGGUAAAGUUGGGACUAAGUCGAUCACCUGUGCUGCUCUUCAAGCUGAAGCUAACUCUGACUUUGCAGAAGCUGUGAAACUUUACAAUGAGGCCCUCAACAAUGACAGCUGGCUUGAUGGUGAGCCCACUGACUCAGAGAAGGACUUCUGGGAAAGAGCAGCUAUGGAUGCCUACAGUCAUCUGACUGAGUGGAAGUCUCUUCAGUACUGCUCCACUGUGUACAUAGAUGAAAACUCCCCACCCAACCUGGACAGGAUGUGGUCAGAGGCCUUUCUACCAGGUAACAGAAGUCACAUUUCACAGUCAGAAAUGUACCUGCAGCACAUGAUUCGCAGCAUGCUGAAGCAGCUGCAGCUGGGUGAGAGCGACCAAACGCUGCUCAGCUUCAUCGACAAAGCCAUGAGGGUGGAGGAGCGCAAAAAGCUCCUGGAAAGUCAGUACAGCCAGGAGCUGAGCCUGCUCUACAUCCUGCAGGAGGACUACGACCGCGCCACAUACUACACCAACUACGCCAUGCAGCUCUUUAUGGAGAGUUACUCCAGUGUGGAUACGCUGCUCACUCAGAGUCGACUGACCAUCCUGCAGUCAGUGCAGGCCUUAACUGAGAUCCAGGACUUCCUGCUGUUCAUUAAAGGAGAUGUGUCUGUGGGCGCCCUCAAACGCCUCAUCAGAUUGUGGACUGAGCGGUAUCCUGAUACCAAAGUGGAUCCAGUGAACGUAUGGGAUGAUAUCAUUACAUCUCGAUGCUUCUUCUUGGACAAGAUCAGGGAAAAGCUGAGUGGCCACGCUCCCAGUGACUGUAUGGAGGUGGACGGUUCAGGAGACUCUGCAGGUUACAUCGAUAAAUUAGUAAAUGAUUGCAAGUUCGACAUGAAGCUACACAUGGCUGACAGCGCACAGAAGCAGAAUAACUUUCCCGUUGCCACCAAGCUGCUGAAGGAACUUCACAAAGACGCCAAAACAAACAGAGGCCGGAUGAUGCAGUGGGUCCACAGUUUUAGCCGCUUCAGCCAUAAACGCAGCCAGACUCAGGGACCUGUGGAGCAAAUCAGUAUCAUGCUGAAGACCAUCCCACUCCUGGAGGACCUUCAGGCUGAUUGUGAGGGGGCUGCAGCUAAAGUAUUCAGACACCAAAAGAUACUCCAGGGUACGUCUUUCCACAUCCUGGCCACAGCUGUGAGCAGAAGCCCCUCGGUCCUGGGAACUGUUGAACCUGACAAAGCACAGAGAGUUUUAAGGCUUUCUGGAGCUGCCAAUGAAAAUCCAAAGGAAGUGGAAGUGGGGUUGAAGUUACGAGCGCUCAAGUUGCUGUGUGAUGCUACCAGAAAGGCUGAUGAGGAGCUUCAGUCUUAUUCUCAGGACUGUGUGGAAAGCAGCAGCAUCACAGAGACAUACAUGGCUUUGGCUAACUUCUGUGACAAACAGCUACGAGAGGAGGAGCAGAGUAAUACUGAGAGCCAGUUUCCCGACCUUCUGGCUCUGCCGGUUCACGCAGUGGAGAGCAUGUUGAAAGCCCUGAAGAUGAACUCAGAGGAAGCUCGCCUUAAGUUCCCACGUCUGUUACAGAUCAUUGAGCUGUACCCGUCUGAGACACUGGACCUCAUGACGAAAGAGAUGACGUCAGUUCCCUGUUGGAUGCUGAUUGGCUGGAUCAGUCAAAUGGUCGCCCUGCUGGACAAACCAGAAGCUGUAGCAGUGCAACACAGCAUCAGGCAGAUAGCAGAGUGCUACCCUCAAGCCCUGGUCUACGCUCUCAUGAUCAGCAGCGAGAGUUACCAGUUCGAGGACUCGGCCACAGGACACAGGCAGCAGCAGUUUGUCAACAGGCUCAGGAGCAUGCUGGAUAAGGGAGGAGCUGUGAAGAACUUUGUGGAUGCUCUGCAGCAGCUUACCAAUCCUGACAUGAUUUUUAAGGAUUGGUGGGAUAGCAUGAAAAAUGAGCUUGAACAGCCAAACUUUGACAAGAAGCAGAUGGGUGACAAGUAUGACGAGGUGCACUCCUGCCUCGGGGAUCGUAACGCAGAUGGUCAUGGAACGUUUCGCAAGAAAUUUAUCCAGAAAUUUGCUAAAGAUGUGGAGAAACUUCUGGGAGCUAAAGGCAGCAAGCUGUUUGAGAAGAGGAAAGACAAAAGCUUUGUGAAGCAGGUGGACGAGCUGGCUGCGUCCAUGCGUGGAUUUCAGACAGAACCCGGGAACCUGAAGGAGUACUCACCCUGGCUGAGUGGAUUUAAAGCAGACCCAUUCUGCAAUGAACUGGAGAUCCCAGGACAGUAUGAUGGCCGAUCUAAACCUUUGCCAGAGUAUCACGCAAAAAUAACAGGCUUUGAUGAAAGGGUAAAGGUCAUGUCCUCCAUUCGUCGCCCCAAACGUCUGAUCAUCCGCGGGGAUGAUGAGCGGGAUCACCCGUUUCUGGUGAAGGGUGGGGAGGACCUCCGCCAGGACCAGCGCAUUGAGCAGCUUUUCUCCGUCAUGAACAUUUUGUUGAGUCACGACACUGCCUGUGCACACAGAGGCUUGCAGCUCCGCACCUAUCAGGUCAUUCCUAUAUCCAAAAGAAUUGGUCUGAUUGAAUGGAUGGAGAAUACCUGUACUCUCAAAGAGUUCCUGCACAGCACAAUGACUGAGGAGGAACAGAAAACAGCACAGAGGUCUGUUGAAGACUAUAAUAAAUGGCUGGAAACCUUUGCUCCAAAGUCACAAAGUCCUAUUACUUUCUAUGGUUGGGCGUACAGGAAAGCAAAACGUGCUGAGACAGUCAGCAACUUUCUGAAAGUGUCGCAGCACGUGCCCAGUGAUCUCCUCAAGAGAGCUUUUCUGAAGAUGUGCAACAGUCCUGAGGCCUUUCUCUCCCUGAGAUCUCACUUCAUCAGCUCUCAUGCUUUGCUGUGUGUGAGCCACUGGAUUCUGGGUAUCGGAGACCGACAUCUCUCCAACUUCAUGAUCAACAUGGAAACAGGAGGCAUGAUCGGCAUCGACUUUGGUCAUGCGUUUGGUUCAGCCACACAGUUCCUCCCUGUGCCUGAGCUCAUGCCUUUCCGGCUGACCAGACAGUUUGUGAAUCUAAUGCAGCCCCUGAAGGAGUCGGGUUUGAUCCAGAACAUCAUGGUUCACUCCCUGCGAGCCUACAGGGCUGAGCCCGACCUUCUGCUCAACACCAUGGAUGUGUUUGUCAAGGAGCCGUCGCUGGACUGGAAGAACUUUGAGAUGAAACAGCUGAAGAAAGGAGGCACGUGGACAGAGAGCAUAAACACUAAAGAAAUCAACUGGUAUCCGUUACAGAAGGUCAACUUUGCCAGAAGAAAACUAGAAGGAGCAAAUCCAGCUGCUAUUACCAGUGAGGAGCUGAAGCUGGGCUUUGAGAAGGACUCGGCCUUUCAGGGGAUGCAGGCUGUGGCCUUGGGGAGUGAGGAACACAACAUUCGUGCCAGACUAACAGCUGCAGGUUUGUCAGUGGAGAAGCAGGUGGACUGUCUGCUGGACCAAGCCAUGGACCCUAAUGUGCUUGCCAGGGUUUGGGUUGGCUGGGAACCAUGGAUCUGAUUCUUAGACUAGUAAAAUGUUUCUAAAUACAUUCACAAUAAGUGAGGAACAGGUUGUAUAGAUGUCUGAUGUCUAGAGUAUCUGGAAAUGUGUAGGAAAGGAAUUUUGUUUGUAUAGUUUAGUGGCCUUAAAAGAUAGUUAUCUCUAAUAUUUCCUCUUUUGUACUGGUGAAAAAUAAUUUUCAUGUUUGUAAGGAAGGAUCUGCUGAAUAUCUCAUGCUGAAAACCAAAAACUUAAAAUCAAGAACUCUUAGUCUGGGAGAGAGAUGCCAUUUGGGAAUUGUGCUUUUAAAAUCAGAGACCUUGUGGGUAUAAACUCCAUCAUUUUGACCAUGUCAUGCACUUCUCUUUUUGAAAUAAACUGAUCAUUAGCAUUGUUUAAAAUUCUGA